GUAUUCAAAUGGAGGACCAUUAUACUACAGAGGAUCGGUCUUUUUGGCAUGCAUAUGAUCCGCUAACAGCGCUAAACAGGCUCUGUAAGAUGAAGUUGGUUGGAGACGAUAGGGUGUCAUUCAUGAAGUGGACUGGAAAACUGGGGCCAUCGGUUGUGGCAGUUGGAUGUGAAUGCGAGGACGAUCUUAGGAUGCUCGAAUACUGCCCUAAUUUAGACUUUUUAACGAUAACAGCAGCACACAUAACAGAAGAGAUAAUACUAAAAAAUCAAUGCGAAAGUUUUAACUGGUUGCAAAGGCUUCGGUUUCAAUACUUUCAAUAUGGCCAUUCUGUAACCGAUCGUUGUAUCAGCCCAUACACGACUAACUUAAAAGAAUUAGAAAUCCACAGGAUUAAAAAAUUCACUGGUCAAUGCCUCAUGACUACACCUUCCAGCCUAGAGUCUCUGGUUAUUAGUUUUUGUCCUGAUUUUGAGCUGCGGCACUUACUAGCAGCUGAGAACUUAAGUCUGCUGAGAAAACUAGAGAUCAGCGGUGCCAAGAGAGAAAUGUACAGUGAAAUACACUUAGUUCUCGAUAAAAUGCCCAAAUUAGAAUAUGUAACGAUGAAUUAUUCAGUUCUGAGAAGUGAGGUGUUCUUCGAGUCCGUCUGUCGGUUGAAGAACUUGUAUCAUUUGCACGUCAACUUUAAAGCGAAUGACGGGGAUUUGGAGGCUGUGACGCGUUGCUGCCCGCAGCUGCGGUCUUUGGCGAUGAUGAGGUGCAUGGAUGUGACGGGGCGCGGCGUUAGAGCUGUGUGUGAGCACGCAGGAGCACGUCUCUCGGGGCUCGGUUUAGCCAGCAGUCAGGUCACGGACGACGAUGUGGUGGCCUGUGUACGCGCCUGCCCCAAGCUUAAGCGAUUGGACGUGAAGUACUGCUAUAAGCUUACUGCGGAGCUGUUGCCGCGCGUGGCAACCGCCCGCCGGGAGAUGUACGCGGGGCGGCCGUUGCGUAUGCGUGUCAUAGGCACUAACGUGUACUCAUGGCCCAAUGAGGUACCGUAUGAAGAGCUUCGAAUUACACACGGUGGCUUAAUUCGUUAGGCAAUCCGUUCCAGAAUUCCACACCUGAAGAAACCUGUUGGGUAUUUUCUGACAAUUCAAAAUCCC